AUGUCGCAGAAUUCAAGCACGAUGGACAAGCCGAUACACACUAUCGUUCUGGACACGGGAGCGAUCAUCAAGAACGAGCCCUCGGUGUCCACGCUGCUUGCCAAGGCCGAAAGCCUUUUCACCGUCCCUGCAAUCCUCUCGGAAAUCAAAGAUGCCGCCACGCGGUCUCGCGUAGAGACAACAUUAAAGCCAUUCCUGCACAUCCGUACCCCGAGCCCGAACAGUAUCAAGUUUGUCACCGACUUUGCGCGGAAGACCGGAGACUUGGCAGUUCUCAGUAAGCCUGAUAUCCAGAUCAUUGCCCUGACAUACGAGCUGGAGUGCGAACGGAACGGCGGAGACUGGAGACUACGUAACGUACCGGGACAGAAGGAGUUGAAUGGCCGCGCACCACCAACCGGCUCAUCAGAAACGGAGCCUGAACAGGAUGCGUCUGCCAAUCCUGCUGGAGGAGAACCUAGGAUGGAUGGCUCGGGACCAGUCAAGGAUGGGAGUGCGAACGUCGAGACUGAGAGUGUCUCGGAACUGAAUGCGAAGCGCGCGUCUACGGCUCUGGACGAGCGUGCAACAGGCAAAGCCGAACCUGACCAAGACUCGACAGAAAGUCCAGAUGACUCCGACUCGGACUCGGAGGGAUGGAUCACUCCCGCCAACUUGAACCAGAAGCAAGCUGAGGAUGCCGGAGACUCGACACCUCAGGCGCAAGAGCAAGGCAAGAUGGAGGUGGCCGUGCUGACCACCGACUUCGCCAUGCAGAACGUCAUCAUCCAGAUCAACCUGAACCUUCUCUCGCCGUCCAUGUACCGGGUGAAGAAUGUCAAGUCGCACGUCCUCCGGUGUCAUGCGUGCUUCAACGUGACCAAGGACAUGACGAAGCAGUUCUGUCCACGCUGCGGGCAGCCGAGUAUGCUGAAGGUCGGCUGUUCCACCGAUGAGAAGGGCGUCUUCAAGCUGCACUUGAAGAAGAACUUCCAGGUCAACACGAGAGGGAGCCGCUACAGCGUCCCGAAGCCCGUGCAUGGAUCUGCGAAUGGCCGGAUCCAGGGCGGUGGCAAGGACGGGUGGGGACAUGAGCUCAUGCUUGCCGAAGAUCAAAAGGAAUACCAGAACGCAGUGAGACAGGAAAAGAGGCAGAAGGAGAGGGGGUUGAUGGACGAGGAUUACCUGCCUGGAAUCUUGACCGGCGACAGAGGGAAGUCGGAAGGCCGCCCGAGGGUAGGAGCUGGGAGGAAUGUGAACUCGAGGAAGCGAUGA